AUGGAUAAUGAUACCUCAAAGUUUCUGCUUUUGGAAUUUUCAACAAUUUGGGAGCUACAGAUUAUGUACAUAACUUUAUUACUGAUACUGUAUGCAAUGACAGUAGCAGGGAACCUUCUCAUCGUCAUUGUUAUUGCUUCUGACCACCACCUUCACACCCCCAUGUACUUCUUCCUGAUGAAUUUAGCCAUGCAAGACAUUGGUUCUGUUUCAGACAUUAUUCCUAAAGCUGUUUUUAAUUCUCUUACAAAUAUAAGGAAUAUUUCAUAUUCUGGGUGUGUUGUUCAAGUCUUUUUGAAUCUAUUCUUCCUGGGCUCUGAUGUGGCCCUUCUUACUGUUAUGGCAUAUGAUCGAUAUGUUGCUAUUUGCAAUCCUUUGCAAUAUGAAAUAAUCAUGAACAGGAAGGCUUGUGCCAAAAUGAUUGGCAGUGUUUGGACUGUUAACCUUCUCAAUACUACAUUGCACACCACUGAAAUGUUUACUACUCCUUUCUGCUCUAAUAUUAUCAACCAAUUCUACUGUGAAAUCCCACAUUUACUGAAGAUUACCUGCUCUGAUUCAUACAUAACUGAAAUUGGAGCUGUAGUGUUCAGUGUUUCAUUAACAUUUGGUUGUUUUGUCUUCAUCAUUGCUACGUAUGUGGAGAUCCUCUCUGCUGUUUUGAGAAUCCCUUCUGUUCAGGGCAGGAAAAAAGCCUUCUCCACUUGCCUACCUCACCUCACUGUCUUCUCCAUAUUUUUGUUUACUGGUUCCUUUGCUUAUCUAAGAGACAUGUCUGACAGCCCAUCCCUCCUUGAUUUCAUAAUUACAAUAAUGUAUUCCAUUAUUCCGCCCAUGAUGAAUCCAUUAAUCUACAGCAUGAGAAACAAAGACAUCAAAGUUGCUUUUUCAAGACUGUUUGGCCAGAGGUCAUUUCAUUUUAAAGAAGUGUGA